GUGCAACUACAUCACCUCCUUCUAAUCAAUUGGAGGAUGCUCUCAAGCUAUUGCGUCUAGCUCCUAAUCAGGUGCAAGACUUUCCGAAAGCAUUCGAAAGAUGCGCAAAAUGGGUUUAUAGUACGAACUAA